UUCGCAGAUUUUUUGUGGGCGUACGGCGGACGUGUUUUAUGUUGAUAAUUUUAGAAGUUAUAAUAUUUACGUUAUUGUAUUCGAUAAAUUACAGUUUUUAAACCAGCAUUUGCCAGUAAUUUAUUGGUUAUAUACAGAUUAUAGUGAGGAUUUGUGUAAAUACAGUGUUUUUUGAUAGAGAAGUCCGCCCUCAUUUAAAAAUUAAAUCGUGUCGUGUUUGGUCUAAGUACCUCCACCAGUUACUAUUUUUCGUAGUUGUGUUUUGCAUGUGCGUACUCUAUGGCGUCAUUAUCCUUGCCGCGAGUUCUCCAGCUGAAGAAGAACAGCUUGGAUGCUGAACGCGAACAGUUUGAGAAGUUUCAGGUAAGGUGUUCCGUUCCACUGGACUGGUGAUUUUUUGCAAUAUAUUCUCAGUUCACACCUGCAUGAUUUCUUGGUGCAAGAAUUUCAGGCCAUCAAUAACUGCCAUUCUCGCCAAAGCUCGGCACUUAACUAAUGCAUGCAGCUGAUUCAGACACGGUCCACUAACACGCUAUGGCCAACCCCAACGACAAGCGCUUCUAUCAGCUGACACUAGCUAUACAGAAAGCGAUCAAUGCCAUCGAGACGCCCGUGAAAGAAAAACAUGUUCGCAGUACACUCAUCGGCACCUUUAAGGAGCAGAGCGCCAUCACAUAUUGGAUGGUGGCCAUUCGUCUUCCACUGCAAGAGAACCGCAUCGUGGCAUGGAAGUUCUGCCACGUGACACACAAGCUGCUCCGGGAGGGGCACCCCGCCUGCCUCGAUGACUCGCAGCGCCAUAUUGGCAUGAUCGAGAACUUGGGCAAGCUAUGGGUCCACUUACGCGAAGGUUACGGCAAGUUGGUGCACUUGUACUGCAACCUGCUGGUCUGCAAGCUGAAAUUCCACUCGCGCAACCCACGCUUCCCUGGUAACAUGCAGCUCACCGCUGAAGAGUUGGACGCGAUCGCCGAGAAUGAUGUCAAUAAUUAUUUCCAACUAUGCGUGGAAUUGUUUGACUACAUGGAUGAAAUCCUCAACUUGCAAGCGUCAGUAUUCGACAGCCUGGGCAACGCCCGCGCGAACUCGAUGACGGCGAGCGGUCAGUGCCGGCUGGCCGCACUCAUCCCGUGUGCACAGGACGCGUCGCAGAUCUACGACUGCAACGUGCGACUGCUGUUCCGGUUGCAUGCCUCUCUGCCGGCUGACACGUUGGCUGGACAUCGUGAGAGAUUCAGACAGCAAUUCAAAAAGUUAAGCUCAUUCUACAAGCACGCCAGCAGUCUGCAAUACUACAGAAACCUCCUCACAUUGCCAGUUCUGCCUUCUAACCCACCAAACUUCUUGCAACAGUCUGACUUCGGCACAUACGUGACUCCGGUGGUGUCGAUCCCGGAGCCGCCGCCCGACGAAGUGGAUUCCGUCGCUUCACUCAUUGACACCUCCGAUACUAUGAGCCAGGUGACUGUGGAUAAUCUAGAGGAUUUCGACAACCGUCCCACAUCGUCGCCUCAGCCAGACCCUAUCGUGGAACGAGACCGACUCAUUGAUCACCUGCAGAACGAACUCAAACGGAUGAGAUCAGAGGUGUCUCAGCUUGUACAAGAGAGGAACACUAUGAUAGGAUCUAUGAAAGAACAUUGUUCACGAAUUGAAACGCAACUACAUAAUGCAAAGGUAGAAUUAGAAGAGGAAAAACAUAAGGCUGAAAUACUUUCUGCACAGACACCAGAAAUUAAACAAAAACUAACGGAAACCGAAGAAAAAGCCAAAGUAACAGAUGAAAAGUUUCAAAAACUAAAAGGAGCUUACACGCAGCUCAGAGAAGAACACAUCGCAUUAAUUAGACAGAAAGCUGAGGUGGACAAGUUAUCAGCCAGCCUGAGAGCGGCCGCCGCCCAACACGAGAGCGCCAAGUUAGCCUUACAGCAACAACUUAACGAUAGGAUAAAAGACGUAGAGUUAUUACAGCAAAGUGCUUCAUCGAGUGAAGAGAUAGAAGCAUACAAAUCCGAAAUACUGAGUCUCCGUUCUGACCUCGAACAAUCUAGACAAAAGGAAGCAGAACUUGAAACUCUUAGGGCUUCAAUGGAGGCUUUAGAAAUAGAACACAACACUGCUACAAAGGAACAAGAAGAAAAACUAACAACGGUAACAAAUGAACUGAAAGAAACUACAGAAAAUUUGGAAAGGAUUACACAAGAGAAGGAACAGAAAGAAAUAGAGUUGAAUAGAGUUAAAGAGGAGUUGGUAGGACUGAGAGAGAGUAGCGGGGAUGAGUAUAAAAAGGUAGUAGAAGAAAAAGAAGCGGCGUUGAAACAGGUGGCGGAGUUGCAACAACAGCAUUUGCAGGAGAAAGAGGAAAUAACGAUUUUAAACAACAGCAUUAAAGAAUUACAAACAGAGAUAGAUAAUUUACAAAAUAAGCUUACUAAUACCGAAACUGAGUAUAGUGCUGAAUGCGAAAAAUUGAAAGAAGAACUAAAUGCUAAAUCACAAGACUAUGAUGGUACUCUCGCAGAGAAAGAAAGUAAAAUAAAAGACAGCUUAGAUCAACUCGAGGAGUUGCGCCUUGAGUUAGAAAAUACCAAAGCUAACUAUGAAGGCACCAUCGCCGAAAAAGUCACUGAAAUAACAAGUCUUCAAGAACAAAAUGAUGAAUUAGCUAAAUACAAAGAAACCACUGAAAUAUUGAAAGCUGAGCUAACACUAGAAAGAGACGAGCUUAACGAACAACUAAAACAAAUAUUAGAAGAGAAAGAAACUAUACAAUCUAACCUACAUGAAAAAGAGACGGAAAUAGUUGAUCUACUAACUCAAUUGAAAGACUUAGAAAGUAGCAAGGAUCAAGAAGUGUCUGCAUUGAAAGAAGAAAUACAAAAAACCAUUGAAGACAAAAAUAAUGAAAUUGAUAAUUUAAAAUCUGUACUUGAUGAGAAAUCUGAAUUUGGCGAUAGGCAGAAGUCAGAAUCAGAACAUUUGUCUAAAAAUAUAAUUGCCCUUGAGACUACUAUAAAAGAAACAAAUAUUAAAUUACAGGAACAAAAGGCUUCGUAUGAGGACCAACUCAAAGAGUGUAAUUGUGAGAUUACUAUUCUGAAAGAUAGAUUGCAAAAUGUAACAGAAUGCAAAGAUGAAAUCAUCACUAAUUUAAAAAGUAUGGUGGCGGAAAAAGAUGGUCAAGUCAUAUCGCUUAAUGUAGAAGUUACUCAAUUAACUAACGAGAAUUCCAGGCUUAAAGAUGAACUUACAGAAACACAGGCUGAACUAGAAAUAGGAAAGAACGAACUAUUUUCUUUGAGGGACGAACAUGAUAAAAUAGUAGAAAGGAACGAAAGCAACUUAGCUAUGAAGAAUCAAGAGCUAAGAGAACUUCACGAUCAAGUUAAGGAACUCAGUGAACAAAAGACAGUCUUAGAGCGAGCAAAAGAAAAAAUAUCAACCGAUUUGACCUUAGAAAAAGAGGUGUUAGAGAGUAAAAUACUGGAACUUACCGUUGCCUAUGAAAAUCUGACGAAAGACAAUGACGAUAUGAAGUCCGAAAAAGAAGCUUUGGAAAUUCAGCUGAACAAUGAAAUUAACAAAUUGAAAUUAGAAUUCGAACAAUUGAAAGAUGAAAAAGAAAUCGAGAUCAAAUCGUUGAAUACUAAAAUCGAAAGUCAGGAGACAGAAUUUAAUGAAGCGUUGGCUGUGAAAGAUGCCUCUAUCGCUGAGGCCGAGACGAACAUACAGCAACUAAAAGAUGACUUGGAACAAUUACACAAACAGAAGGCUGAUGAGAAGGAAGAAAUGGCUUCUGCAUUAUCUGCCAAAGAACACGAGAUGCAGUUAUUGGAAACUAGGCUAGGCCACGCGGAGAGUAAGAGAUUGAAUGCCGAGUGUGAAUUACAGGACUUGUUGCAACACAAUACUGUGCUCGAAGCCGACUUGUCGGCUGUCAAGCGACAACUCGCAGAGGCGCAGAAGGCGUUGGAAGAACAAAAGUCACGGUUAGUGACGUGUGCGGGCGAGGCGGCGCUGGAGGUGGCGAGCGGAGCGCUCACGUCCUUCGAGCACGGCAGAGACACGGUCGGGGAGGCUGCUGAACUCGCAGCUAAAGCUUUGGAAGAACUGUCCAGCCAUACUGAGGUGUCAGGCAACGAGGAGUCAGUGGCGAAGUCAGCUAUCAUUGCGGCGCACAACACAGCCCAGCUAUCAGCGUACGUUGCUGAAGUGUCUAACGUUUCCACUGACAUGGCACUCGCAGACAAACUAAAUACAGAAUGUCGUUCAAUGUUGUCCGCGACAAAGGAAUGCCUGGAAUCCAUAAAGGGCGGUUCAGUAGACAGCUCGCAUUGUUCUGACGUCAGAACAAAGGUCCGAAGUCUGAUGACUGCUGCGGCUGCGGCUGAUAGACUCAACAGUGGAGCUAGGAGUGUGGAUGAUGAACUAGCUGACAUGGAUAAAGCUAUUGAAGAAGCUGCGUCGCAGAUUGAGAACAUGUUAGCGGCAACCCGCGCCGGCGACUCAGGCGUCAAACUAGAAGUGAACGGGAAGAUUCUAGACGCCUGCACCACUCUAAUGGGUGCUGUCAAAAUACUCGUGCAGGACGCGAGAAAACUUCAGAACGAGUUGGGAGACCCCAAGACUCGGCAGAAAAUGUACAGAAAGAACCCCCAGUGGUCUGAAGGACUUAUUUCAGCGGCUAAGGCUGUUGUGUUUGCCGCUAAACUGCUAGUGACAUCAGCAGACGAGGCAGUAGGAGCAUCAGGUCAAGUGGAAGGUGUAUCGGCAGCCGCGCACGAAGUGGCGGGUAGUACGGCACAGCUAGUAGCCGCGUCCCGUGCGCGAGCCCCGCCCGGCUCGCCCGCGCUGUCGCGGCUGACGCAGGCCAGCCGCUCCGUGGCCGCCGCAACAGGUGCACUUGUCGCUGCUGUACGAGCUGGCUCCGCGCUCGUGUUGGAGCAAGAGGCGCUAGACACGUCCUCCCUGUCGCUGACGGCCACGCGGCGCCUGGAGAUGGAGAGCAAGGUGCGGUCGCUGAAGCUGGAGACGGCGCUGGACGCCGAGCGCAGCCGCCUCGCCGCGCUGCGCAAGCGACACUACCAGCUCGCGCAGAUGGAAGAGAAUGGAAACAUGGAAAACGGCAAAGAUUGAACACCUGGAAAAUUAUUAAGUGAUAAUAAUCAUCAGCUGAUAAAAUUGCUAACGGUUUUAGUUAGGCUUUGACCAGUUUCCGUGCACUUUUCUUUUUUUGAAGAUAAUUGUACUCGCAUUUUUAUAGUUUAUUUUAUACAACGAAUUUUGUACUAUCAUGCUUGCCGAUUGCUCAGUUCACUAAAGUGACGGACGAGAGAACGCGUCUUCCUAACGGGCGACAAUCAAUUACUAAUUAAUACAGUAUACUGUACGACUUAACAUCCUAAUAAAAAUAAUAAUUCGAUAUAAGGCAUUUACAAGCAAGUAAAUUAAUUAUUAGCUAUGGAAUUCGUAAUAUAUGUCCACAUAGAAUUACAUGAUACAAAUUAUAUGCAGUAGUUUUAAUUACGUAACAAACUCUGUAGGAAAUUGCAGGAGAAACGGCGUUUAUUGAAGUGUAAACCAGUCACAAUGUUGAUUAACCUUGGAAUGGCUGUAACACUGAGUAACUAAGAUAACAGAGCGGUUUUCACAUUAAGCUGAUGUUAUUGACCCGCACUAAUCGAUGUCAUUAAGAUGGUCAACCCGGACGGUAGAAACGGUAGCCAGUAGAUGUAUGUAAACCUUAGUGUCUUCAGUGAACGACUGAGGAGCGCGUGAGGCUCGACAAGCCUUUAAACUGGUCUGAUCCCCCCGAACGUGGAGUACGCAUGAUCACGAGACUAUAAGCUUUAAGCAAAGAGACUAAGGUAAAUUGUGAAUUGUCUAUGUACCUUUAUGUAUAGAAAUAGAUAUUUUAUAAUUGAAUUAUGUUAGUUUAUUAUACACGUGUUAUGGCAUGGGCAUUGUUUGUACGAGUAGCCGUGUCAUGCGCAUUCCGAUACAAUUUUUGUGUAGAUUAGCUAGGUACGUACGUAAGCGUGUGAUCACAAUCUAGGUAUGCAGCCUAGGAUAUCACUAAUGUUAGCCUAUAAGUGUACCCGUUUGUUUGAUUUAUAUAAAUAUACCUAGUAUUGAAUGAUUCGGACAGAAAUCGCCUGCACGGCUCAUUUGUAUUAUUUAUUCCUUGUUUUACAUUUACUAAUAAAAUUUACAUGAUGUGAAACGUAA